GUCAUCCACAAAUCCAAAACACGAAGGAAGGAGCUUGCCACUGUUGUACGAGACGCACAGAAACGACACAUUUGGUGAUAGAAUGAAAAAGGCGAGGCCGGGAUGAGCUCAAUGGCGUUGUCGGUGGUUUUGGACAAGCACAUUCGCCGUCUGUGUCUCGACCAGUUUCCCUGUGGAACAGGCAGCUGGCGGAAGGGCGGCAUCAGCUCGGACACGGAGACGCUGACGGAGGACACGGACACAUUACUGGAUCUGCUCAGUUGCCCGCACUCGCCGUGGCACCACGAUGAGCCGUGGAGCCCCCAAGCGGCCGCCCUGCAGCGCGUGGCCGUGGUGGAGCCCGAGCGACUGGACACGGACUUUGUGUGCAGCUACUUCAGAAAGCUACGCAUUGUUGACAAGGAUGUCUCUGUGAUCGACAACUACCUGCUGAAGUUCUGCAACCUGCAGGAACUCGUUCUCAGCGCCAACCGCAUCUGCGAGAUCUCUGCCGAGAAUCUCCCCAGGACGCUCAAGGUGUUGGAGCUGCGCGCCAACCAACUGUGUGCUUUGGGCCGCCUGGCCAUCUCACCGCCCCCUCGUCUUCAGUACCUGGGCCUGGCCGCCAACUACCUGGGAUCCCGCCGAGACGUUGCCCAUCUCACAGGAAGACAAUGGCCCGAGCUGGUGUGUCUGGACCUGAGCGAGUGUGACUUUGGGGAGCAGCGACCUCUGCUGAAGGCCCUCGGUACACUUCCCUGCCUACGAACACUGGUGUUGGAGGGCAACCCGUUCACCUUGGCACCCUCGUACCCGGGCUUUGCCGUCGACGCUCUGCCUCGUCUUUGCUACCUGGACGCGGCGUGGAUCGCCCCCGAGGAGCGACAUCGAUAUCGCGGGAUGGCCAGGAUGAGGCACCUUCUGGUCGACUGGGCGUCGACGACAGUCCGCGUGGGCCGGAUGCAGGGGGUCCCGGACCCGUCGCUGGAUGCGGCCCCCGACGCUCCGGAGUUCCCGGUGGUCAGCUACAGCUACUUUGUCUCCUACAUGUUCUUCAGUCACCAUACCACCGCCUACCGGGAAGUGGUGGCUGGAGCUACCGUGAGGGUUCAGGACCCGGCGGCUGAACAAACCCAGACACCCAGCAAGAAGAGUGACAAAGAGACGCUGGUGUCCAUCGUGGCAGAAGGCAGCAAAGACCUCUCCUCGUCCAUCGAGUCGAGACACAGAACGUCAUCUCGGUCGUGGUCUGAUUGUGUCGACUUUGGUGACACGCUUAUGUUCGUCGUCAGAGACCUGAGCAGCUUCAAGAAAUUCCUUCACCGGGGAUUACGUCUUUUUAUCGAGCAGGAAAAGACCCUGUCGUGGCCCGCGGAGGCCUCCGAUGAUGUCGUCGGUCAAGGCGCAGUGGACAAGAAAGGGAAACAAGGCAAAGCCAAAGACAAGCGAAAGAAAGCUGCGGUGGAGCUGGUGGCGGAGCCGCCGACGGCCACGGUGAUGGCGUCCGCUCACGUGUCGCUGCGAGGCCUUCUCGACGGACACGACAAAGUGGACAUCCUGUGCGACUUUGGCUCCCUGUGCAAAGAUCCUCCGGGGGAUGACGGGUCAACGAGCAGUGAAAAUGUCAUCGCUGACAACAAAUCCAAGGACGAGUCCAAGAAGAAGGGAGCGGGAGGAGCGCGUGCCGGAAACAGGAAACCGUCAACGGCCAAAGGGUCGCGCAAAGGAAGAGGCAGCGAGGAGCGCGACGGAGACACGCCCACCCAAACGGAAACGGCCACGGUCGAGUUGAGCGUGGAGCUGAAAAAGUGGCGGCACGCUUCAGAGGCGAGAGACAUGUCGGUCGCUUUGGCGGCGGUUUUGGGCACCCUGCUGCUUCAAACGGGAGUCCGGGGAUUCGGAAUUCUGCCGGGAGAUUCGCAGGAUCACCUGGAGAUCACAGAGAGAGCCAUCUUGAACGUCACGGUGCGGGUCUGCCUAGCGCUGGCCGAAGCCGAGGGGAACGACUUUACUCUUCCGCCGCAGCCUUUCACCGUCACGGGCGUAGCCGUCGCCUGCAGGGCCCAAAACUCCAUCAAGAGUUUCCAGAAGGCCAUCCGUUCCAUCGUCUUCCGAAACGUGCGCGUGGACAUCCAGAAAGCGCUGAACGCCAGCUUUCACUUCGACGACGAGUCGUUCGCCGGCGGUCGGAAAAUCAUCGCCGAGGGCCUCCGAAUUGUCAAGGACAGCAACAGGGAAGAGAACUUUGAAGGGGCUCAGGACGAACUGGGAACCAUCCUUCACCCGUUACAGGAUUUUUACAGCCACAGUAAUUGGGUGGAGCUCGGGAAAAAAUAUCCAAAUUCCAACCUCCUGCAACUGGACGCCAUCAUCGGCAACAUCGCGGCCGAGAGCAGGGCCACCUGCCGCAGCUGCGACGGAGACGACUGUAGAGACAACAUCCUGGAAGACAUCAUCGUGGAGCAGAUACUGACCUCGGGAUAUUUUUCCCUCAAUGUCAUUUCGCCCACCAAGCCCAGCGGAAAGUGCAGCCACGGAGGAGCCGUCGACCAGACCAGCAGGAUCGAACCCACCGGCGGGAUCAACAAAGACACCUUCGGUUCCGAGCACGGCUUCCUUCACGAGGAGGCGGCUGAUUUGGCCACGGCGGCGACCAGCCAGAUCCUGGAGAGCGUUCGGGAGGACGCGGGGGACGUGCCCUUCCUCCGGAUGUUGGGAAUUUCCAGAGGGUCCGGGAAGGCUCUGUGCUUUGUGAUCGACACCACGCAGAGUAUGAGCGACGCCAUCGCGGCCGUGCGGGACGCCGCUUCCUUCUUGGUGGACGGCCAAGCGGGAACCGACAAUCAACCUUCGUCCUACAUUCUGGUGCCCUUCAAUGAUCCGGACGUCGGGCCGCUGGAAAGGACGAGCGACUCGGAAGCCUUCGGGAGUUUGAUUCGAGACCUGUCGGCGAGCGGCGGAGGAGAUGACCGGGAGUUGAGUCUUUCGGGUCUUCGGUUGGCGUUGACGAACGUCCCGCAGAGCUCGGACAUCUUCCUCUUCACAGAUGCGGCGGCCAAGGAUGAGCAGUUGAAGUCCAGUGUCAUUGUUCUCAUUGAGCGGACUCAAUCUGUGGUAUACUUCUUGAUCCCGGGAACCACAAUGGAGAACAGGCGGCGGCGCCCACGCCCAGCUCCGACCCGGCGGCAGCAGGGAAACAGGAUUACGCCAUCGGACGCUCAGCUGUAUCGAGACUUGGCCCAGGCCGCGGGAGGUCUAGUCAUCCAAGUGGAAGAGGACCAACUCUUGAAUGCCACCAGGGUCAUCGGCCAGUUAUCCAACUCCUCCGUGGUGACGCUGGUGCAGGCCUCCAGGAAUCCGGGACAGGGCGGAACCUUUACAUUCCGGCUCGACCCGACCACAACCAACGUCCGACUUUUCAUUACGGGGAGUCCCGGGCGCGUCGUACUCACAGACCCUGAAGGCUCUUCGGUGACAGUCGGCGACCCGGGCGCCAACUCGUUGAUCGUGUCCUCCCAGUCGUUCGGAAACUUCCAAUCUUUGGAGCUGAACAAAAGAGUGGGAGAGUGGCGAGUGGAAGUGACGUCCACCGCUCCGUAUACCCUGAGGGUCACGGGUCAAAGUCCUCUGGACUUCCUGUUUGAUUUUGUGGAGUACGUACCCUUUCAGAACACAUUCGAUGUUGUGGAGACGCGUCCGACCGCCGGCGGCAACGCCAGCCUGCUCGUGACACUGACGGGCAGCGACACUGCCACCGUGACGAGCGUCAGUCUGGUCCAGUCGGCGGAUUCGCAAGAGGAGGAAGGCGUCGUGGAGCCGCGGGGGACGAACGGAACGUUCCUGGUUCGGGUUAACAGGAUUCCGUCCGUGCCUUUUACGGUGCGCGUCAAGGGAAGCCAAGCGAACGCCGCCGGCGGAGAUUCCUUCCUUUUUGAAAGGCAGUCGUCUACAAGCUUCCGAGCGUCCAAUCUCACCAUCGAGGCCACGGCGGAGGACGUCCUGGUUCCCGGGACGCCAUAUUCGGUGCCUUUCUCCUUGAGCGCCGAGGACGGCGGAGGGAACGUCUCCAUCCGGAUCACUACCAACAACCCCCUCUACGUGGCCAGCGGCCCGAGCGCUCUUCGGCUGGAGCCGGGGGCGAGCGCCAACGGCACCGCCGCGCUUUCCGUGCCGCUCAACACGCCGUCGGGCGCCACCGUCACCCUGGUGAUCGAGGCGGAGGGCCCGGGAGAACUGGGCAUCAACUACAUGGUCCUCAGGAUCUCGGUCUUCAAUCCGGUGGCGGACUCGGCGGCUCCCGUGUGCCAGGUGCUCUCCGUCGUCAACUGCGUGCAAAACAGCAGCGCCGCCUCGUGGGAUCUGUCGGUGCGCGUGAGCGACGGUCCCGACGGGACGGGCGUGGAGCGGGUCAACCGUACGAGAGGCGACGGAACUCUGCUGCUCACGCCGGCCCCCGACGGCAUCCUGGCCACAUACAACGCGUCGUGCGACUCGCCCGACUUGGAGCUCCUGGUGGCGGAUCGCGUGGGCAACGUGGACACGUGCUCCUUCAACGCCUUCACCGCCACCUCGGGGGGCCCCUCCUCUAUUCCGCCGCUGUCGGGCCUCGGCUACGUCGCGAUCGCCCUGGCGCUCGGAGUCACGCGGAGCCUGAACGCGUGGUGAAGUCCAUUCGAGAAAUGGCCGCCAGCUCACAUUAUUAGCCUCGCGGUAUGCGUGUACCUCUUCCUAGUGGCCAAAAUCCACCGCUGCGGCAAGGCUAGCUGAAGUAAACUACUUUGCAAUCCAUUCUAGAAUGCCUGUUUGUUCCACAUAUGCCAAAUUUGAAGACGCAGCGGUGUGAACUAUGGCCACAUUUGCGUACCCCUGCAUACUUGAACUGCAGACCAAUACUGUACAUAUAUGUAUAUUUGCGGGAUUGCUUUGAUAUGCUGACUUCAUUUAAACAUUGUUCCAAAAUGACAAUAAAACUGGCGUUGGGAAAAUUGUUCAGUCGAUUGAAGA